AUGGCACCUUCCUCUGCACGCACCCCCAACUUCUCACGACCGCUGCCCUCCCCUUACUCAACAGGUACACCGUUCAGAGGUUCAGGCCGAGGACAAGUUGAUGUGAUGAAAGAGCUUCCACAGCCUGAGACAAUGACAAACACCCCUGGCAAGGAGAGUCAGAGUCAGGCAACAAAGGAACUGACUCCAAGCAAGAAGACCCCGUUUGGUACAGCGGCGACCACGACCAGAAGCCCACAUUCACUUUUGGACAAACAACUGGCAGAAUCGCCAGGAAAGAAAGGGAAGCGCGCUAAUGACAACGCGACGACCUCUCCUGGAAGGGUCCGGCAGUAUGGUCAUGGUCGCAAGCUCUCCAAAUUUUCGUUCCAAACUGAGGCUGAUUCCAAUCUGGCCACACUUCUGUAUGUCAAUCUCCUAUCUCCUUCCACAUCAUCUACCCAAGUAGCCAUGGACUCACCGGCGUCAAGUGUCGACGUAGGCGGGUUCAACAAGCCCAUCGUCAAUUUCCGUCCCCAACUCUGGCGCCAUCUGGACAAAGAUCGUCCUAUCCUCAAUCUCGACCUGUUUUGGCCGAUCAAGUUGGAUGAGAUCGACGACGACGAUGAUGAAGACGAAGAAAACAGCGACGGCGACGACAAGGGAGUGUUCCCAUUCAAGGACCUCAAGCCUCUCCAGACCUUCCACAACCUCCACUACCUCCAGCUGAACGGCAUGAUGCGAUCCUACCAACCCAUCAUCUGGGCCACCUGCUGGGUGAACAAGAACCUCACAAAGCUCCACUUGGAAAUGGCGCUCGAACCGGAAAUGAACGAAGACUGCAAGCUCAAGUACCUCAAGAUCGAUGAGAAAUGGUCCUACAAUCCCACAUCAUCCGACCGACAAGUCGAAGUCGAUGCCGAAUAUCUCGGUUCUCACGGCAAGGGCAUCUUGCACCAAGAGUUUGGCGAUGGCGAGUACCUCGACCAGCAGGCCAUGAAGCAAGCCCAGAUUGACAUUGUCGAAACCCUUCCCGUCGAAAACAUGCGUUACCUCCCCAUCAGCCAUCUCACCCUGAUGAACUUCGCCAUCGACGCCGGCCCGUUCUUCCGCUGGUUCGACCCACACAAACUCGUCGAGCUCACCUUCCUCGGACAAUGCAUCGACACUGGCUUCUACUUGCCCGACGACAUGCGGUCUGUCGUCAAAGUCAACAGUCCAAAGCCAAAACCACGCCCCCAACCCAUGAUCGCCAGAGUCGUCAAGCCAGGGGAGGUCAAGCUGGUGACCUUGAAGGGUGGGAAGGUGGUUCCAGAGGAACCGAGCACCAGUAACAACAAUGCGGCCGGAAAGGGCGUCAAGACCAAGCUGAGCCAGAUGAUGCGCUUGGGCAAGAAAGACUCCAAGGACGCAAAGGAGUCGGGCAAGGAGACUGCGCAGCUAGAGCGCAAUAUGGCCAACAUGGGCCUUUGA